UUUUGCUAGCUUAACGUUUGUCUCGCGCAGCAGACAGGUUCUAGCAUCAAACACGAUGACAGAAAUGGGCUCGGCCGUGCGGUUAUCAUUGUUCGGCCUUCUCCUUUGCCUGCAGCUCGGCAGGGCUUCAGCCCGCAGUCCCCGCACGGUAGACCAGGUGUCUGAGGCCGACAUCCAGCGGCUCCUGCACGGCGUGAUGGAGCAGCUGGGCAUCGCUCGGCCCAGGGUGGAGUAUCCCGCACACCAGGCUACCAACAUAGUGGGGCCACAGAGCAUACAGGGUGGAGCUCACGAGGGGCUGCAGCAUCUCGGCCCCUUUGGAAACAUCCCCAACAUUGUGGCUGAGCUGACUGGUGACAAUGUUCCCAAAGACUUCAGUGAUGAUCACGGAUACCCAGACCCUCCAAACCCCUGUCCCUUGGGAAAAACAGCAGCAGACGGCUGUUUGGAAAAUGCUCCAGACACGGCUGAAUUCAGCAGAGAGUUUCAGAAACACCAGCACCUGUUUGACCCAGAGCAUGACUAUCCAGCUCUGGCUAAAUGGAACAAGGAGCGAUUGUACCAAAAACUAAAGGGAGGACCUAAAAGACGAAAAAGGAGCGUCAACCCAUACUUGAUGGGUCAGAGGUUGGAAAAUGUGGUCGCCAAAAAAUCUGUUCCCCACUUCUCUGAUGAGGACGAGGAAGAGGCACCCACCGUCUCUGUUGCUAGCACCUAAAUCCACAACCUGCACCUGCAACACUCACUGUAAAAACACAGUUUACUGCCAGAAUUAACUUUAUAACACUACAUAUUUCAGCAUUUUGGUUAUCAAGCUGUGCAAACAUUAGUCUAAAAAGGGUUGUAUUGCCGGUAUUGCAAUUAUCUCUUAAAGCAACUAUUCUUAAAUCAUGACAAUCAUUUUUUAUUCGAUUUUGUCUCCCAUCUUUUUUUGCUUCAAGUAUGGAAACCAUGACAAAAAUCCAUAAACAGACAAAAGUGAUUCUGGAUUAAACUAAGACAACAUUUAGGUAUUUCAGUUUUAGUUUUAGUUGUGAUUUGACUGCUUACUAACCAAAAUGCUUAAAUAGAAUACUGUAUGUUAAAAGCUUAGAGUCUGUCAGUGAUCACCAUAUCCUGAGCUGUAUUAUAAGAAGUUGUAUAGAUCUAUUGAUUUAUAGAGAUGUUUAAAGAGAAAGAUAGUAUAACCAUGACUGUACAGACUAAAUUCACUCACCCUAAAGUUUAUAUUUUAUGUCUUUAUUUAACCACAUAAUCAAUUCAACACAUAUCAUGUUCCAGUAAAUUCUUUUAAAUGGUUGUAGCGUUGCGGUAUAAAUGAUGCCUAUGAACUUCACCACUGUAGCAUGUCAUAUGAUGUAAAUCUGUUCUCUUUAUUACAUUACAGAGACUUACUUGGAUCAACUCUUCUUCACAUAAAUGUUUGUGUUUUUGUUCUGUAAUGUCAAAUAAAACAUUU